AUGGGGAUUGCAGGGGUAUCGAUAAAAAGCACAAAAAAAGAAGAGAAUCUGAUAGGAAAUAAGCAACUUACCUUGAGUGUAAGGAGUUACCGUGCCGCAAUGUUCAAACCAGGGUUAUCAAGAGCUUCUACGAAGGUCUUUACCAGAUCGUUGGCUAAUAAGGCACCAUUGGGUAACAAUGGAACCACUCAUUUUGGGUCGAAGACCGUUCUAGUUGAGGAAAAGGCUAAGAUGGUUGGUGAUGUCUUCUCUUCGGUCGCAACAAAAUACGAUCUAAUGAAUGAUAUCAUGUCUGUUGGUAUUCAUAGAUUAUGGAAGAGUCAUUUCAUAAACAAACUAGAUCCAGGGAAAAGACCUAAUUCAAAUGUACCUCUUAAUUUUAUCGAUGUAGCCGGUGGAUCUGGUGAUAUUGCAUUCGGUAUUUUGGAUUAUGCUUCAAGGAAAUUUGAGGAUAAUGUAUCAACAAUGGAUGUAGUGGACAUCAAUCCAGAUAUGUUGAAAGAGGGUGAAAAGAGGGCCAUCAAUCUAGGCAGGUAUCACAAUGAUCCAAGAGUAAAAUUUAUGGUUCAAGAUGCUGAAAAACUGGAAAAAAUAGAAUCCAACUCAAAAGAUAUUUAUACCGUGUCAUUUGGAACUAGAAACUUUACAAAUAUUCAAAAUGGGCUAAAUACAGCAUACAGAGUCUUGAGACCAGGUGGUAUAUUCUAUUGUCUUGAAUUUUCAAAAAUUGAAAACAAGCUACUAGACUUCGGUUAUCAACAAUGGGCAAAAAUGUUACCUGUCUUUGGCUCAAUUGUAGCUAAUGAUUAUGAAUCUUAUCAAUAUUUGGUAGAAUCUAUCGAAAGAUUUCCAGAUCAGGAAACUUUCAAAUCAAUGAUUGAAAAAGCUGGUUUUACAUCUACUGGGUAUGAAAGUCUAUCAUUUGGUAUCUGUGCCAUACAUUGGGGUAUCAAAAUUUGA